ACGCGCACACUGUGCAGGCGCGCCAAACCGAUCCACCGUGCAGUGCGAGAAGGGGAUGCGGGACGCGCGGGAGGAGGGCCGCUGGCCGCGUCGCUUCGCCGGGGCCGCGCGCCGUUCUCUUUCGCCAUCGGCACCGGACGAGUGCACACGUCGUGAUUAACCUAAUAUUUUUGUAUAACGCCAAUCGCCACACGUCGUAACUAUGAAACCUAUAACCUACAAUCUACGCCGAGCGGCGCGCAGCGGGCUAAGUGAGGACGGCGGCAACACGUGCAGCCAACGUGUCUCCGCGGACCACGCCGUACCACCACCACGAGUUCUACGAAGACGCAGACUACAACAGCAGGCGGCAUCAGACGGCGGAGGUCUAACCCGAGGGAAGUUGCUCGUUUCCUAUUAUUUCCUAUCCUUUUCCUAGUGUUUAUUUGUGUGAAUAGCCUAGCGGGCUUAGGUACUAUUCGUUAAUUAGCUUGCCUAUAUUCAAAAUGGUACAAAUUUUGUUUUUCUAGCCUACGACGCUAUAGUGGGCGAGUCCAUUAUUUUUGUGCCGCGUUUUCUAACCUACGACGCUAUAGUGGGCGAGUCCAUUUUGUGCCGCGUUUUCUAACCUACGACGCUAUAGUGGGCGAGUCCAUUUUGUGCCGCGUGUGUGAAAUUGCAUAGCCUAAACUUAAUUUCAUUUAAAUCGUGCAUCCUAAACUACGUGUACGCCUAAUUAAUCUAAAAGCAUCUAUAUUAAUGCACCUAAUAAUUAUUUAUUGUACACACUAAAAGUGUACCUACGCCUAAUGCACUAUAAGCAUAUCUACCUAAGCAUAUUAAUUUUGCAAAUUGAGGUUUUGGUUCUAAGUAUUUACCAAAAUACAUGCCUAUUGCCUAAUAAAAGUAAAUUCCUAACUAGCGCAACAAUUAAUACAGUUAUUAUACCAAAGCUUGCCGACUAUUUCAGUUGCGGUGAAUGUGCAUGUGCUUCGCUCAACCAACUGCUAGCUACCUGCGGCCUGUCUACUAAUCGCAGCGCAGGUGCCUGGUGAGUGCUGCCUACUUCGUGCUGUCACAGCUUCAAAAGGUUACCGUGAGUUAGCGGCUUUGAGUUUCUAUUGUAAUCUGUGCCUACCCAUUCAUUGUUGCCUCUAAAGUGUUAGGUAGUUUAUUCUUUUAACUAAAUUUGUACCUAAUUACAAAAAAUAUUGUGUUAGUGAGUUAUUCAAAAUGAGUGAAAGUGAAAAGUCAGAGAUUCAAGUUCCUAUUAGAAAACGUAGUGCCAUCAAAGGCCAAGUUACAAAAUUCUACAACUAUUUACAAGAGAUAUCUAAAAAUACUCCAAUUAGUAGCUUGCAGUCUAAAGAAAUUGUUUUAAAAAUAGAGAAAUUUCAAACUUUAUUAAGUACAUUUGAUACCUUGCAAACUGAAAUUGAAUUGAAUUGCUCAGAUUUAGAGGAACAGUUAGCUGAGAGAGAAUUAAUUGAAGAAAAUUUUCAUAAGUGUAUCGCAUUGGCUCAAGAAAUAAAUGAAUCAGCGAGUGUUUCAAAAACUGAACAUCAAAAGCAUGAGUCAGAAUAUGGUAGUGUAAAUAAUAGUCAAUGUAGUCAUAGGUUUAGUUCAGUAAAAUUGCCCACAAUAAAAUUGCCAUCUUUUGAUGGAAAUUACCUUAAAUGGCUGGAAUUUAGAGACACUUUUGACAGUUUAAUUAAUAGUAAUGAAAAUAUUCCUAACAUAAACAAGUUUCAUUAUUUAAGGUCAUCCUUAGAAGGAGGAGCACUAGUAGUUAUCAAAUCAAUAGAAUUCACAUCUAACAAUUAUAAAGUAGCAUGGGAUUUAGUUUGUCAAAGAUAUAAUAAUAAAAAUUUACUUAUAAAUAAUCAUUUAAAAGCAUUAUUUAAUAUAGAAGUCUUAACAAGAGAAUCUCACAAAGCUUUAAGAUUCUUAAUUGAUUUAGUUUCAAAAAACUUAAGAGCACUAAAUACUUUAGGGCAGCCAACAGAUAAAUGGGAUGCUUUAAUUAUUUAUAUGGUGUCCACAAAGCUAGAUAGCACCACUAGUAGAAAGUGGGAAGAAUUAAAAAAUGGGUUACCAGAAUUACCUACUUUAGAGCAAUUCAAUGAUUUCUUGCGUAACAGGGCAGAUGUUUUAGAAACAACACAAGUUCAAAAUAUAAGUAGGAAUGAUAAUUAUAAAUCACAAGGUCCUAGGGAGCAAAAGUAUUCUAAUUCUAAGUCUUUUGUUAGUUCAAUGAGUAACAACAAUUCUUACAAAAAGUCAUGUGAUAUUUGUCAUGAAAGUCAUCAUUUGCAUGUAUGUUCAAAGUUUAAUGAUAUGUCAACUGAAGCUAGGUUAGAUACAGCCUUAAAGUUGAAAUUAUGUCUCAACUGUUUGCGAAGUGGACAUACUGCAAAACAUUGCUUCCUAAAAGGUUCCUGUAAAUAUUGUAAUAAGAAACAUAACUCUUUGUUGCAUAAAGAUUCUACUGUAGGAUGUAGUAGUAGUAGUUCAAAUACAAAUAAUAAUAACUUACCUUCAAAUACUUUACCCACAACACUUUCAGCAGUCUCUGCAAGUCAGGUACUAUUAUGUACAGCUAUAGUGGAAAUUGUAAAUCCUGAAAAUAAUAUUUCUUACCGUGCUCGAGCUCUCCUUGACACAGGUAGUCAAUCAUCGUUUAUUACAAAUAAAUUCAAAAUAAAGCUAGGUCUACAGACACAAUGUUCAAACCCAAUACGUAUCGCUGGCAUUGGUAAUGUGCAGUGUGACAUUACAGAGAGGUGUAGUUUGAAAUUAUUUUCAUGUAUUGAUAAAUCAUUUAACUUAGAAAUGAUGUGUUUAGUAGUACCACAAAUAACUAGUAGUUUACCAACACUAAAAGUUGAUGUUAAAAGUUUAGGGCUGCCGGCUAACAUAAUCCUUGCAGACCCUGAGUUCCAUUGUCCCUCCGAUAUUGAUAUGUUAUUGGGGGCAGACGUUUUUUGGGAAAUAGUAGGUACCCAACAAAUAGGAUUGGGUAGACAUCGGCCUAUAUUACAAAGCUCUAAGUUAGGCUGGCUAGUAACUGGCCCUAUAGGAAUAGGACAGUCUAAUUUGUCACAUGAAAAUUCAUAUAUUAAUGUUUUAAAUUGUAGUAUUAUAAAGGAUGAUAUUCAUGAUUCAUUACAAAGAUUUUGGGAGGUAGAAGAAUUGCCUUCAAAUAAAAUAUCUUACACGCUUGAAGAACAAGCAUGUGAAAACAGUUUUAAACAAAAUACAAGUCGCUUGCCAAGUGGUAGGUUUUUAGUUAAAAUGCCACUGAAAGAAUCACCAGAGGAAGCAUUAGGUGAUUCAUAUAAUAUUGCCAAAAGGCGUUUUUUUAGUUUAGAAAACAAGUUAGAUAAGAAUCCUAAUAUUAAGAAACAAUAUGUAGAUUUUAUUAAAGAAUAUUUAGAUUUAGGUCAUUUGGAAGAUACAUCUCUACCACUUAAAGUUUUACAAUUAAACACUGUAACAUAUGGUACAGCUUCAGCACCUUUCCUAAGUACUAGAUGUCUAUUGCAAUUAGCUGAAGAAUGUACAGAUAUGUCUAUUGCUAAUAUAAUUAAGAAUGAUUUUUAUUAUGAUGACCUAAGUACUGGAGCAUCUACAGAAGAUGAACUAUUGAAAAUCUAUAACUCUGUGACUGAAAUAUUAAGUUCAGCAUCAUUCCCAUUACGCAAAAUACGCACUAAUUGUCCAAAAAUAUUUGAAAAUGAUGUAAAUAAUAAUACAUUAAAUCUAACUAAACAGUCAUGUGUACUAGGGUUGAAUUGGUCACCUACAGUAGAUUUGUUUACAUUUCCUAUAGACAUAAAUAUAGAUUCAUUAAAUAUUACUAAGAGAACAAUAAUAUCUACAACUUGUAAAAUCUUUGACCCUUUAGGUGUCUUGUGUGCAUGUAUCAUUACUGCCAAAAUAAUAUUACAACAAUUAUGGAGCGCUAAGAUAGACUGGGAUGAUUCAGUACCUGAUGAUAUUAAGAAUUCUUGGAUUAAAUUUACAAAAAACCUUUCAGAUCUAUCAAACAUAAAAUUGGAAAGAAAUGUUAUCUGUGACUUGCCAAUAUCAGUAGAGCUGCAUUGUUUUGUAGAUGCAUCACAGAAUGCAUAUAGUGCUUGUGUUUAUUUAAGGACAACUAAUAAUAAUAAUCAAAUUACAGUUAAGCUGUUAUGUUCCAAGGCUCGAGUGGCUCCAUUGAAGCCAACCACCAUACCUCGCUUGGAGCUGUGUGGUGCCUUACUCGGAGCAAGGUUAUGUGCAAAAGUUUUAGAGUCACUACGUUGUAAUAUUAUCAGUAAAACUAUUUGGACCGAUUCAAUGGUAGUACUUGGUUGGCUAAAGGUUCAAUAUAAGCAUCUAAAAGCUUUUGUUCGUAAUAGAGUAAAUGAGAUCAAUGAAAUUACAGCAGACUAUUCAUGGCGACAUGUGCCUACUGACUGUAACCCUGCUGACCUAGCCUCAAGAGGUGUAACUCCACAACAAUUGCAGUCCUCAUCCUUGUGGUGGGAGGGACCUUCAUUUCUUAGAAGGGACCCAAGUGAGUGGCCUCAGCAAGGUGUACCAAAUUUAGAAUUACCAGAACUUAAAGUAAUGGUUACUAGUAUAGACACUAAUUUCUUAGAUUUUACUAGAUAUUCAAAUUUUACUAAACUUAAAAGAAUUAUGGCCUAUGUUCAUAGAUUUGUUAAUAAUUUUAUUUGCAAAUAUAGUAAAAAUAAAAACUUUAAUAAGCUAACAGGUUGUCUUAGCACAGAUGAACUUUGUAAUUCCCUAAAAACAUUAAUUAGGUGUUGCCAAGUGCAAUCAUUUUCUUGCGAAUUAAACACAAUUAAAACGAAUAAAGAACUGCAUCACAAAUCCAAAAUGCUACCACUAAAACCAUUCAUAGAUGAAGAUGGUAUACUUAGAGUGGGUGGUCGUAUACAAAAUACAAAUUACAAUUUUGAAAAAAGACAUCCAAUUAUACUUGAUGCCAAACAUAGUUUUACUAAAUUACUUAUGAGACAUGAGCAUUUAAGGUUAUUUCAUGCCGGACCACAACUACUUUUAUCUUCUAUAAGAGAAGAAUAUUGGCCUAUAGGUGGUAGGAACUUAGCUCGUAGUAUUUUAAGAAAAUGUGUAGUAUGUAUACGAUUUAAAGGUAAAACACUUCAACCUAUAAUGGGUAACCUUCCUAAUGUAAGGACAAAUCCUAGUUUUCCUUUUUAUUCAUGUGGAACAGAUUUUGCAGGUCCGUUCAUGAUUUCAAGUAGAAAAGGUAGAGGUAGUCGAGUAUCAAAAUGUUACCUUUGUUUAUUUGUUUGUCUUACAACUAAAGCUGUUCACUUGGAGCUCGUUAGUGACCUUACUACUCAAGGUUUUUUAAUGUGCCUUAGGAGAUUUGUUUCGAGAAGGGGAAAACCUUACGAAAUUUAUUCAGAUAAUGGAAAAACAUUUGUAGGGGCUAACAAUGAAUUGGGUAGAGUGCUUAAGUCUAGUCGCGAGGCUGUGACAGAGUAUGGCAGUACUGAAGGCAUUAGAUUUAAAUUUAGCCCUGCAUAUUCACCUCAUUUUGGGGGUAUUUGGGAAGCUGGGGUUAAAUCAUCCAAACAUCAUCUUAAGAGAAUAGCUGGCAACGCAGCCUUAACAUUUGAGGAACUUGCAACGUUGUUCACACAAAUAGAGGCUAUCCUAAAUUCCCGUCCCCUAUCUCCUCUCUCAUCCGACCCAACCGAUCUCCUACCCUUAACCCCUGGGCACUUCCUAAUCGGGCGGCCACUCAAGUCGGUGCCGUCCUUGCUAAUUGAAAAGUCUAGAGCUAACAGAUACGAGCGUAUAGAGCAGCUGCGGCAACAGUUUUGGGAGCGAUGGCGCCGAGAGUACCUCGCCGAACUCCAACAGAGGACCAAGUGGCGGAGACCAGACCGGGAACUCAAAGUAGGCGACUUGGUCAUCCUCAAAGAAGACAACCUACCUCCAUUAUGCUGGCGACUAGGCCGCAUAACCAAACUUUACCAAGGACCAGAUGGCGUCAGCAGAGUCGCCGACGUCCUCACAUCGAGAGGGACUGUCAAGAGGGCAGUCCACAAGUUUUGCAUCAUACCUGGAGAUGACAUCGACCCAAAUUCAACUGCUUGAUAGCUGUGCUAUCAAGGCCCGGGAGGAUGUUAACGCGCACACUGUGCAGGCGCGCCAAACCGAUCCACCGUGCAGUGCGAGAAGGGGAUGCGGGACGCGCGGGAGGAGGGCCGCUGGCCGCGUCGCUUCGCCGGGGCCGCGCGCCGUUCUCUUUCGCCAUCGGCACCGGACGAGUGCACACGUCGUGAUUAACCUAAUAUUUUUGUAUAACGCCAAUCGCCACACGUCGUAACUAUGAAACCUAUGUAACUAAUUACUUUCUUAAGAAUAUAAGCAGUUUGUACCAGAGG